AGUACGAACGCAUCUUUACCAUUGAGGAAGCUGACUGACCUUCAACUACCAACCGUCAUUAACACAACAAAAACUAAAGAAAUGUUACUACAAGUGGACCUAUUUAUUUACUCAUCAUGCUUUUGACAACAACAGUCCUGCUUUUUACCAAGCAAUAGCUCCUUAGAUGUGAGAAUAUAAGAGACUAUACAUUUUGUGGAGGUACAGAAAGAUAAAUUGUGACUGAAAUCAAAAGUUACUGCAGCCUAAAAACCUUUUAGGUGACCGUGGUGGACUUUUUAUUAUCUGUUCAUGAGCAGUAAAAUACAGUGUACGUGAAAUGGCAGAAGCGAGUAUUUCAGUGGUUCAGGAUCAGUUCAUCUGUUCAAUCUGUCUGGAUUUACUGAAGGAUCCAGUGACCAUUCCCUGUGGACACAGUUACUGUAUGAGCUGUAUUACAGACUGCUGGAUUUGGGAUGAUCGAGGAGUUUAUAGCUGCCCUCAGUGCAGACAGACCUUCACUACAAGACCUGUUUUAAAUAAAAACACCAUGCUGGCUGAAGUGGUGGAGAAACUGAAGAAGACAAAAUUUCAGACUGAUAGAUCUGCUCUCAGUUAUGCUGGACCUGAAGAUGUGGAGUGUGACAUUUGUACUGGGAGAAAAUACAAAGCUAUCAAGUCCUGUCUAAUGUGUGUGAACUCUUACUGUCAAACUCACUUUAAACUUCAUGAAGAACUUCAAUCAGAUAAACGACACAAAGUGAUUGAUGUCACCAAAAGACUCCAGCAGAUGAUCUGCAUAAAACAUGAUAAACAAAUGGAAAUCUACUGUCGUACUGACCAACAAUGUAUUUGUUAUCUUUGUACAAUGGAUGAGCAUAGAAAUCAUGACACUGUUGCAGCUGUAGUAGAGAGAAGAGAGAAACAGCUGAUUUUGAAGGAGACACAGAGAAAAUCCCAGCAGAGAAUCCAGGAGAAAGAGAAGCAGCUUCAGGACCUAAGAGAGGCUGUGAAAACUUACAAGAUCUCUGCGCAGACAGCAGUGGAGGACAGUGAGAGGAUCUUUACUGAACUGAUCCGAUCCAUUGAGAGAAGACGAUCUGAGGUGACACAGCUGAUCAGAGAUCAGGAAAAGACUGCAGUGAGUCAAGCUGAAGAACUCUUGAAGAAACUGAGGUGGGAUAUUGAUGAUCUGAGGAGGAGAAAUGAUGAGAUGGAGAAACUUUCACAAACAGAAGAUCACAUCAGUUACCUUCAGAGUUUUCAGUCUCUCUCCUCAUCUCCUGGAUUUUCAAACAUCACUGUCAGUUCUUUUCUCUCUUUUGAUGAUGUGAGGAAAUCUGUCACUAAACUGAAAGAAAAGAUGGAGGAUUUCUGUAAAGAAGAGAUUGAAAAGAUAUGUGGCAAAGUUUCAUCCACUGAAGUUAUUUUCUAUGAACCUAAGACCAGAGCAGAGUUUUUACAGUAUUUUAGUCUGUUCUCUAUGGAUCCAAACACAGUACAUAGACGUAUCUGUCUGUCUGAAGAUAACAGAUUGGCUACUGGCACUAAGAGAGAUCAGCAGUAUCCUCAUCAUCCAGACAGAUUUGAUUAUUAUCUUCAGGUGUUGUGUAGAGAGAGUUUGUGUGGACGCUGUUACUGGGAGAUUGAGUGGAGUGGGAGUAAUGGUGUGGGUAUAUCAGUGUCAUAUAAGAGCAUCAGCAGGAAGGGAAGCGGUCAUGGGUGUCGACUGGGAUUUAAUGAUCAGUCCUGGAGAUUGAUCUGCUCUCCCUCUGAAUGCUCAUUCUGGCACAAUAAGAUAUGGCUUAAUAACAUAAUGACAGAUCUUAGUGUACUCUUUAGGUCUUGUAGAAUAGGGGUGUAUGUGGAUUACAAUGCAGGAAUUUUGGCUUUCUACAGCGUCUCCGACACAAUGACCCUCAUUCACAGAGUCAACACCACAUUCAACGAACCUCUCUAUCCUGGGUUUAGGUUACAUGAGAGCUCAACAGUGAAACUCUCUCAAAUAACAUUAUAAAUGAUAAAAUAUUAAUAUAUUUGAUCUAAACCAACUUACUGUAUAUUUGACAAAUCAAAAGACAAAAUAUAAAUUAAAAUUCAUAUACAUUAUUUUAUUCUUUAAAGCACUUAUCUAUCAAUACUUCACUCAUGAUGCUUUAAUGUGUAGUAAAUCUUGUUGGGUUUACCUGAUACAAUUUUCUCUACAUAAACUAUCUACAUUUCUAGGUGGAGUUUACGUGAUAAUUUCCUUUUUAGACAACAUGUUUCAAUUAAGUGGGACCGAUGUAUGCCAAAUAAAUAAUGUAAAUCCAGAAUUAUUUUUAUCAUUGAGCAAAGUUUGAGCACUUGUAAGUGUAAGUGUGCUGUGAGGUGACACUUUUAGCUCACUGUGACUUCAUAUUGUGACACAUCAUGAGGAUUCUGAGACUUCAUGGUGACAUCACUGUGAUAUCAAAUUGACUGGGUGCUUAUGUAUGAUGAGAAUUUGUUGAUUUUUUUUCUUUAUGCAGUUACUUCUGUCCAUUAUAUGACAAAUACUGUUAUUCUGAAAAUAAACCAAAGUUAAUUUCUCACA